GUCAAAUUCGUCUCCCUUUGCUUAGUGCACUCAUCUUUGUUUCUCACGCACGCUUGGCUUUUCGUCGUCGGUACUGUGCUCACUACUAUCCACCUCGGUGUCUUUUCUUCGGACGGUGAAGGCCUCGGUCGCCUUUCUGAAGUGGGAACCUUGUUUGCUGAAUGGGCGGAUGCCAUAUUUCUAGCUCUGCUUGUUUCAACUGCUGAAAUGGGCUUCACUCCCGAGCUGCUCCGAAACGAGAUGGCCCGCUCAAUGCCGAAUGGUCGGACGCAGCCUUCUGAAGUUCACUCUAACGGCUCGUAUCGUAAACUCGAUUCCAGUGACAUUCUUGAUGAUCGUGACGAUGCCAAUCGUUCAACACCCUCAUCACCGUCCGCCUGGCUAUACAUCACCUGUCUGGUAUCCUUAUUCUUCUUCACGAAGACUGUGCUGUUUAUUUGGGCGGCAGUGAGUGUUCACUCUUGGCUGUCUUCACUUUGCUCACAUAGGAUUGACCUCGACCGCCCGGCAGUACUAGCGCUUCCGGUGUCAUAUUGA